AUGUCGUUCGCAAAUAUUGUAAUUUUAUUUGGAGUCCUAGCGGGAAUCGCUCAUGGAAUCCCACUGCCAUCAGACCCCAAGCCGUUCAUAAUUGGAGGAGUAGAGGCCUCUAUAGGGUACGCUCCAUACAUGGCAGCCUUGAUUUCCUCGGGCACUAUAUUCUGUGGCGUUUCCAUCAUCUCUGAAAAGCUGGUGCUGACUGCCGCACAUUGCGUGUUUUCGUUCAACGGGGAAUUGCUUGACAACCUUUACAUUCGAGCAGGAUCCAACAAAUGGAAUUCAGGAGGCAUCACUGUAGAAGUCGGAGAUAUCCAUGUUCAUCCAAAUUGGGAUCGCGAUACCAUCAAGUAUGAUGCUGCAAUACUAGCCCUGAAGGAGACUCUGGUCUUCUCGGAGUAUAUAGGGGUUGUGAAGUUGGGGUAUGACUUUGUGGAGGGAAAUAUAAGCUCGGUAGUUACUGGGUGGGGAAGAACGGGGCCUAGGAUUGAGGGUAAUGUUGUGCACUUACAGCCGACUCCUGAUGACCUUCAGAUCCUGUACAUGAACACAAUAGACCACACCCAGUGCCAGGAGCAGAUGCUGGCCAUAGCUGGAGCCAGAGCGCCACCCAUACAGGAAGACAUAGAGAUAUGCACCUUCCAUUCGAGGGGACACGGCAUGUGCGUUGGUGACUCCGGCAGCCCUCUCAUCAGAGUGAGCACGAGGGAACAGGUCGGCAUUGUCUCCUGGGGCUACAACUGCGCCAUUGGGGCACCAGACGUCUAUGUCAGGAUGUCUGGUAUUCGAGACUUUGUUGAACCCAUCUUGGACUUCUAUAGAGAAUGAAGACUGAUUUAGUAUGA